UUUGUAUACCCUUUUUUCAACUAAUUUUGUAUUUUUAACCUUUUUACAGAAAGUGCAUUGUCAUCCAAGUCAAUUUAUUAAAAAGGCGGAGAAAUAUCAACGUGUUGGGGAUUAUGUACGUUCAUCCAAGAAUUGCUGGAAGGCCUACGCCCUGGUUGUCAAGCUUCUUUACAAAAAUCUCAAAAUUAAUAUAAAGUCACAUGAUACAUUUCAUGAAUUGAGCUUAUUUGCAAUUGGUUUUAUUGGUUCUGUUCCAGAUGCAGUUAUUCUUGGUUCUAUAACUUCCAUGAUGGAAGAGGCUCGCGAAAACAAAGGAGAAGCGACAUAUUAUGAUAUUGAUGAGUAUAUUGAGGGCGCAGAGAAGUUUGUUGAGCUUUUUGUGAAAAUUGACGAGAAACGUGUUUGGAAUGGACUUGCUCCCUAUCUUCCAACACAACCAGGACCUGAACAUGCAAUAAUUUUUAAUGGAGUCAAAUUUGAGAUGAAAAAGCAUUCUGACGUCAUUUUUGGAGAAUGGUUCAAUUUUCUUUAUGAAGCAUCUGACCCGGAAAAUGAAGAAUAA